GGAUCCGGUCUCUCUCUAUCUCUUUACGGUAUAGGUCAGUCUGUAUCGCAGGUGAACUGAUCGCUUUGCCGCAGGAUUUUGAACUGAUGGGCCUGCAUCGGAGUCCCUGUUGUCCAAUAUACCGACGUUUCACAUCAGCUCCCUAUUGAGACAAACGGAUUGUGUCCAUAGUCGAUGGAGGGACCGGAGACGUGAUGUGAUGACUUCACUCACUACGGAUCCAACCCUUCCUGAUUCAUAACCAGAGCGCCAUGGCAACAGGCAGAAAAGGGUCCACCUCCAGUAAAGGGGGUGGGGUGCGUUUCCCCGACGACAACGAGCCCCCAGGCUCUCCUACACGCCGUGACGACCAGACCUCCCCGGCAACCAUCACGGCCAUCCCAGAGAAGGACGGCAGCUUCCUGGUCAAGGCCGGGUUCCUGAGGAGUCACCACCGCUAUGAGGUGGUCUUCACCGUGCCGGACGUGCAGACCGUGGGCAAGGAGCUCUGCUCGCUACCUCCUGCCGGACAUAGCAGCCUCAGAGUCCACUGCAUCACCAGCACACUGGAAGGGGGCAUCAAGGUGACGUGUGAGUACCGGACCCGGCAGGAGGGCGUUCUGCAGGAGGACAUCACCCUGGUGACCAAAGGCAGGAAAGACAUGUGUGUGAAGGUCCGCCUGCAGGCCCGGGUCAUGGACCCCCACCACGGGACCCCCAUGCUGCAGGAGGGGGUGAAGUGUCUGGGGAUGGAGAAGGACAGCCAGGGGAAACACAGCAGCAGCCACAAGAGGAAAUGACCCGACAACACAGCCACAAACAUAACAUUACAUAAAUGCUUGCUUAAAUAUGAUAUUCGAAAUUGUAUCUUUAAAUAUAUUGUAAUCUAGAUCAACUGUUAAUAUGUAUAUAUAUAGAUUAGUUCUGUCAGUUAAACGCGUUAUUAACGGCGUUAACGCAAACCAAUUUUAACUGUGUUAAUUUUUUAUCGCGCGAUUAACGCAAUUCUUUUAUUU